CCUUAACAUCCUUUUAGUAUCGCCUUUUAAAUGUUAUCGUAAUGCAAUAAUAUUAGGAUUGUGUCAUUGGACGGUACUUUAUUUCCAGAGUAAAGUGUUGUUUUUUUCACCGUUUAAGCAGUUAAAUUAAAUAUCUACUUUUUUCUAGCUUAAUUAAUAUAAACCAUUAUUUUAAUAAUAGUUAAGUGAUGAAAUCCAUGUGUUUCACUAUUCUCUUUGUAAUUUGUAUUUUGCUCUCAUAUAAUGCCUCCAAAGCGUUGGGCCAGUAUAGUGACGUUCGAUGUAAAUGUGUAUGUCCAAGUACAGAAGUUGUCAAUGGAACCAAAACAGAACGAAAGUUAUACAUAGGAAAUGUACCACCAGGUGAUUGGCCUUGUAUUUUAAUUUCUGUUCAUAAGGUUUUGGAAUUUAUAGUUAAAGUUAAGAAUUUGUCAUUGGUGGUUGUGAUUAUCAUUAUCUGGGCUAUUUCUGUGUUAGUCGUUUACAUGUUGUUCUUGAUGUGUCUCGAUCCACUACUAAACAGAAAGAGAACUGCAUAUGAAGAACAUCAGGAUGAAGUUACCAUGGAGGAGCCAGUUCCUCCAGUAGUUCAACCACAGCCUUCUACUUCAACAGUCUUUAACAGAGUUGGUCAACAGCAAGAUAAGUGGAAACGACAAGUUCAAGAACAGCGACGACACAUUUAUGAUCGUCACACCAUGCUCAACUGAAGGUUUUACUUUAAGAUAAUAGGUGUAUUAUUUCAAUAUAUUGUUUACAUAUAAGAGUCACAUUUAGCUAAUUAAGAUAUCUUUAUACUGUGUAUUUACAUUAUGUUCUCUUACUGUUCUCUUAUUUUUCAUUCUUUACAUUAAUUAUGGCUUUUUCCCCCCUUUCAGUUAGAGUAUAAAUGAUCACCAGACUAAGAUGUUAAAAAAAGGUUGUAUUUGUUGUGUAAGAAUUUUCUUAGAUUUAAUAAAUAUAUGAGUACAUGUAAAUAUAUUGAAAAGUCUGAAAUUGUCGUUAAAGAACUUGAAUAUUAGCAGAGUUUCACGAGGGAAAAACAAGUUGUUUAUUAAUUUGUAUAUUUGGUUUAAAAAGUGCUCACAUGAAAGGUUUUUUUCCCACAUUAAUUUACAAUCAAAGAAAGUUUGGAAAAGAAAAAUAAGAAUUAUUCUGAAGUAAUUUGUGAAGUUCCUAUUAAUUCAAAUAACAAUGUUUUGUGGAAAAAAAAAUUAAUGGGAUGAUUAGAAUUUUUAAUUCUGUAUCAUGAUAUUUACCCUGUACAACCUUGGGUAGUGACUGUAGCUAUAUUGUACAAGUGUUAAAGAUACUUGUGGAAUGUUACAUCUGAAAACAUGAAUUACACUGGUAUGUAUCAAGAUUCAUUUUAAACUGCACAUAAGGGUAUCAACUGCAUUACAAAAAACUUACAAGCUGUAAAGUUUAGUUCAUGCAAGUGCAUGGAGAUAGCUUGCCUCACUAUUACACCAAGCAUAUUGGCUAUCACAAACUGCACUGUAUUCAGUAUAUUCUACGUGCUGAUUAUGUCUUUUAAAUUAUCUGUUAUAUUCACAGAAGGAAUUUCGUGUACAUUUUUUAGUUUUAGCUAUUCUUAGUUGUCUAUUAAGAUCUUUUAUUGUAAGAAAAUAUAUUAUGAAUAAGGAUUUAUCAUUCUUAAAGAGUAAUAUUUCUGCCUUGUUCUUUUAUUUCUGUAAUGGCAUUAUCUGUAAGAGUAAACAAAGAUGUUAAUUAUGGUAUUUCAAUCAGAAAAAAAUCAAUAGAGAUUUGUUGUCAGAGUUGAUGUUUUUGUAGUCAUUGCUCUGUUCAGUUAAUACUUGUACGAUCAUACUGUAAGAAUGAGGACAUAUGAUUAUAAAAUUAUAUUAUUUGUGCCUCUUUCUGUUAUCUCUUUAAUAGCACUUUCACUAUGGAACUAAACAGAUGUAUUAAUUAUGAUACUUUUCAAUCAGAGAAAAGACUAUAGUGAGUUCAAGAAAAAUUGUAAGUGUGCGUCAGUUAUGAAGUUUUAUAUUUAUCAACAAUUGCACAUUUCACAAAGAAUCCAAUUGUGUAAAAUUUGGUUCAUACUUUUCAAUAUUGUAUCUGAACAUAACAUGUAAUAUACUUUUUACUUAUUUAAAUUGUUUUUCAUUUAGUAAGUAAUAAAUUUCUAUAAAACACUUUAAAUUUUUGUGUGUUAUAAAACAAAUUACAUAUUUCAGAGUGAUCUAAAUUCUUAAGAAAAUGUAACUAUUAGGAGUUUAAGAAAAUAUUUUAAUUUAUACCUUCAAACUUUUCUCCGAAAGGUAGAAAGAAAAGGAAUCAUCUUCAUGCUAGUAAUAUUUUAAAUUUUUUUGUUUUGUGAAAAAAAUACUUAGUUUUCUUUUACAGACAUUCCAUCAAAAAUGUUUAUUUAUUGUUCAUAUUGUGAGUGUUAAUAUCAAAAUUUGUAACAAAUACAUUAUACUUCAAAAAUCUCUGUCUUUGCAUUGUUAUUAAGUGGUUGUGGGCUAAGAAUUUAAAUCUUGUAUGUGAAUAAAUAUAUGUAUGUAUUUAUGUGAUUGUAAUAUUUAAAAAUGAUAAUAUGAAAGUCAGAAGUUAUUAAGGUUAAAUCAAAAUUGCCUCUCUUAAUGAUUUCUGACUGUAGAGGGCAGCAAAACAUCACAAGUACCCUAAAAAUAAACUUGUAACCUGUGUUUUGUUUUAUAAGUAUGGUGAAUGGGAGAGUGGUCAGUACCCAGCACUCAAUGAGAAAUUGCUAUGUUGAUAUAAUUUAAGUAAGAACGGUUGAAAAGAUGAUUAAAUUGGUUUCAUCAAAAUGCUUUUGUCAAUAGAUUUGUUCAGGUUGCAUUUCCAGUAAAGCUACUACCAAAAUAAGUAUAUGAUCAUCAAUCAUAGGACAAGAUGUGAUUUUGGAAUGUAAAAAAAAUAAAUUAUUAUUGGCAAACUGUA